CAGACGAUGCAGACGAUGUUAUUAUGUGUGUUGUAGAGCGAAUGUAAACAAAAAACAAAUCUUGUAAUUUUGUCUGUAAAUCACGCUGGCUGCAGGCCUUUCCUUUAAAGUUUUGAUCCCACCGCCAGACGAGGAAGAAACAGAAACUGGAAAAUUGUUUAUUAAUUGUGAGGUGGGAUAGAAUGGAGGGUGCAACUUACCAGUGAUUUGAAGGUGAACCAGAAGACCAACAUGCAUGAAAACAGACUGGGAGAGGAUGGCAGACUGGGACAGAAGGGACUGGUCUUGGCAAUGCUGAUGCUCACACUUAAUUUGUGUGGUGCUUCCAUGAUCACUUCUAGGGAUGAAAUUCUCAUUGGUCACUGUGAUCCUCCCAAGAUACCCAAUGGUGCAGUUGUUCCUGUGCAACAUACAUAUCAGUUUGGGGCAACUGUGGAAGUUGUGUGUUCGGGAGGCUUUGUUCUACAGGAGGAGAACAGGCUACACUGCACUAAUGAUGGAACAUGGGCCACGGCCUCAGGGUAUGCUGCAAUCCUUGAAUGUGAAGCAAUAACCAUGCAUUGUGAACCUCCACCCAACAUUGAGCAUGGUUCUGUGCAGGUGUUAGAACGGGAGAAUCUGCUUCUCGGAUCCCAUCAGGAGAGUCUGAGUGAAGUAGAUCGGUUCCAGGAGGGAAGCGUUGCAGAAUAUUCUUGUGACUUAGGCUACUGGUUGCAUCCAUCAUCCCGUUCUAGGCAUAUAUGUCUCCGAGGCCUGUGGAUGGGGGAAGUUCCACGAUGUGUUAGUAAAGGUUGUAUGAGUCCAGAACCAGUGAUGAAUGGCUACUACCUCGAGGUCACAGGAUCAUCAGAUGUUCAGUACCCUCCUGGUGCAAGGCUCCAAUUUGUGUGCCAUGUAGGUUAUACCCUCCGUGGUGGAGAUCUGUUUGAUUGCAAUGAGACAGGUCAUUGGAUGCCCAGGACACAGCCUGUGUGCAAGCCAUCCCCUGAACUUAUUGGUUCUGUGUUAUGCCCAGUACCCCCAGAAGUUCUUCAUACUGGAAAGAAAAUUGUAGCAGGUGUCUUGACAGCAAAGGGAGCUAUACAUGGAACCUCUAUAGAAUAUAGAUGUCUGGCUGGUUAUAGGAAUGUGCUUGCUCCUUGUGUAACCCAUACGCUAUCAUGUCAUGAGGGACAGUGGCACGGGACCUCCCCAGAAUGCGAGGAAUUCACCAGUUGUGUGGCUCCACCAAAUAUAGCACAUGGUUACAUGUCAGACAGUGCUUCAUCAUACGCUCUGCAAUCUCAGGUGUACUAUGAUUGUGAACUCGGCUACCGUCUUGUUGGCCCUUCAGUAUUGACCUGUGAAGAAACUGGUUGUUGGACUCCAAGGAUGCCUCCUGUCUGCCAACUUAGCCAUCAGUUUGAAGAUGAAAUACGUAAUGAAACUACUGUUCUAGACAUGCACACCAUUCUUGUGGCUACAACUGGAAGUGUCAUUGGGAUUCUGCUUAUUGUAUUGGCUCUGAUUUUAUAUCAGCGGGCAGUCAGUCCGAAAUUAGUGCGUCUUCACAACAGUGGAAGUGGAGGAGAAUUACCGCCACCCCCGCAUAACUGCCCCCCAAACUCCUCCCAGAUUCAGCAGGAGCAUGACCCUGACAGGGUAGCUCUCAUCCCAUUUCCAGAUGAGGGUGUCCCACCAACAUAUGAGGAAGCAGUUAGGCACAGACCAGCUGUGAUGUUUGAGCCUCAUGGUGGGAAUGCUGGUGGUCGCUAUACUCCACAUGGGCAUAGGAGUAGAGGUCAUCGAGUUGUUGUUCCAAGUGUAAGGCGAUCACGACACCGGGAUAAUCCUGACAACAUAUCUUACCAGUCUAUUGGAUCGGCCCGACAGUCUUCUAGCACGUCACGAUCUAUGAGUAUGCGAAGUUGGUCAGCAUGUGAUAGUCUUGGAUCCACCGAUACAGUGGCAGUUAGUGACUCAACUAAUGUAACAGUUGAUACACAAAGCUCAGGAGGAACAAGUAGUGGUGCUUCACAGGCCCCCUCUUGCCGUGCCUUGGCUGGGUCACUUGCAUCAUUUGAUACAUCAUCUCAAGUAAACAAUGAGGGGGCUCCAUUGCUUGAGGAGGCAGAGGGAGAUGAAGGUUGUGAUCACCGUGCAGAAGAUCAAUAUUCGCUGUCAACUCGUGACUCAGACAGUUUGAAGGAUAAUGUAUCUCACACACGGUCUGUCACAAUCAGCUUACAAGAAUGAAUAGCACAAGCAUAUCUCAGUACCACAGCAUCAGUUGUGUUGUUGUAGGAUGUUGUAAUUAUAAUAUGUAGUAAAGUUAUAUGUAUUUACAGUCUAUGAACUGAUGAUGGAGUAGGUCAGUAAUAUCAUAGAUUUAAAUAGAGUCAUAAUUACCAAACUGUUAAUAGGUCACAUAACAGCCAAACAGAAGAGCAUGUGCUCUGGCAGUCCAUGCUUUUAGUUAAUUUUUGAGGUGAGCUUAAAGCUGUAAGAUAACUCUCAGUGAUCUGUGCAGUUUUCCCAGAAUUGCAUUAGUACAGUAUGGUAUUCAUUUAUUGGGCUUCAUUACUAUAUUGUGACAGUUGGAAAAGCUUAAUUCACAGUAAUGAUAUGAAGUGUUACAAAAUAGGAUUAAUACUUAGCCUCACCAAAGGUCUUGUAUAAUCAGACUUGUAGCUUUAGUAGGUACAGUAAACCCUCAAAUUAAGGGACCUCUUUUGGCCCUGAAAUAUUCUUCAUAUUAAAACAAUUUCAGCAGUUCAGAAGUAUUGUCCUUAAGAAACAAAAUGAUCAGAGGGUAACAUAUAGACUGGGACACAGUCUUUACACAAGUUUUACAAAGUCCUACUCAUAUUUCACCUCCAAUUGCUUGAACAUCACAACAUAAACAACCUGCCAUCAUCAGUGCCUCUAUUUACACAUUUCAGAAGAGUCAGAUAAUGAGGAUUCCCCUUUACCUCCACCUUUUGAGUAAUUACUACUAUAUAGUGAUUAUAAUUUUUUUUUUAUUUAGAAUAUUUUUUUAUACAUUAAAACAAUACCAUGUGGUGCCAGUAAGGUUACAUUAAAUUGAGGGUUUACUAUAUGAGCAAUCUUGUGAAUGUAGUCAUUAACAAAUUAACAAAAUGACCUCUAAAUGGGGAGGGCCAGAUCUGAUUCACAGGUUACCUCAAGUAUAAGAUAUUGUUAGUUAGGGACUACAAUAUAUAUUUUAUGUUACUGUGAUAAUGCCCAGUGAUCUGCUUUAUUUAUACUGUGAUAAGUUUUCCUCAUGUAUUACUUGAACUAUCUUUUUAGUAUAUUUAUCAUUACUGCAAGUUAAUAUUAGAAUGACUGGGGAUAUUAGUAACUUAAAGAUUGUACAAAUCCUUAUCUUUAUCAUAAUUAUUUUCCACUUAAAAAUAGAUUUUAUAUAUAUAUACAUACACAUAUAUACAUAUAUUUACAUUUAUUUACAUAUAUAUAUUUAUGUAUAUACAUAUAUAUUC